GGCAACGACAAGAGCGUCAACAUGUCCGGGGGAGCGACACGUCGCGAAAACAAAGAGCAACGUAAAGUAAAAGACAGUAAAGUCCAGGAUACGGACAUUGUGUUUCUCCAGUGGGAAGCGCUGCCUCAACAGCUAACCUCAGAGCUGCUGCAGCGCAGCGGAGACGAGCUUCAGUUGGAACUGAAGGAGAUCCUGGGCUUUAGCAACCAUCAGACCUGUAUGAAGGAAGCUGCGCUGCUGGAUUACUAUGUCUGUGGUUUCUGGUGGGCUAAAGAGGCCAGCUUCAGCCCCACACAGACCUCCUUCACCAUGGCUGUACUACACCUGCUGCUGAACAACAUAGGAGAGAAACAGAUGAGUUUAGUGGAGAACAUGAUGGAGUUUGCUAAGGCCUUAGCUGCUGCCUGUCAGUGCUCGACUUCAGAGGAAGACACCACUUCACUUCUGGACAGAGAACAAGCCACAGAGCUCAUAAGUUACAUCACAAACAGUUUGUUUCAGAAGUACAGACUCUAUGAGACUCUCCUCACCGCCCCCAGAGAAGAGUUACUGACAGGCACGGAGAGGAACAUUGAGGUGUUCAGCAGUCAGGAAGCUCUCGCUCCGUUGGAGGAAGGAAUUUCCAUCCAUCUCUACUCCCACUGAACGUGAAGACGAGACGGAUGGACGGACAGUGUGUGUGAGCUAUGAGACAGAAACUUGGUUUUACAUGGGAAUU